AUGGCUCCAAAGCAAGAUGUUUUCAAUAUUCACCCCUUUGGGUGGGAGAAUGACCCUGAAGAGGAGACAUUCGGGGUGUCGACCUUGGAUUAUCUCACAGCAAUGUCCUACAACAAUUAUGCACUCUUCUUCAAGAUGGACGAUGCAAUGAAAUCUCAGGCAGUAGAGAUUAUGAAAGAGGGCCUUUCAAGGACCAUCAGCCAAGCGAGGCAUUUGUGCUGCACCAUUGAGAAAAACACCAAAGGUCAGGGCUACGUGUACCUGAAGAAGAAGGACAGCACAGUCCGUCUCUUCGUGCAGUGGCUCGAUGCGCCUGAGGACGCGGACAAGUACCCGUCCAUCGAAGACAUCGAAAAGGCAAACUUCAGCGCAGUGUCACUGGGUGACCUCAAACUCUGGAGUGUCGACCCAAUGACCUAUGGAGAGAAGCCAGAGGCCCAUCCCGAUGCCCAUCCCGCCGUCUCGGCAUUCAAGAUGAACUUUGUACGCGGCGGAAUGGUCCUCAACAUGCAUCACCACCACUACUCCAACGAUGUCAUGGGCUGGGCUGGGUAUACUCGGCAGUUGGCAGAGAACUGCUAUGCCAUUCUCAACAAGACAGCCUUUCCCGACUGGGACCCCAAGAACAUGGAUCUAUCCCUUCUCUCCAAGACGGAGCCCCCUGAGGACCAGAAGGUUGAAGGGCCUCCCGCGCCGGAGCGCCACCCAGACCAUAUUCAGGGAGUGGCCCUACUCUUCCAUCUGCCGAAGAGCAAAGCAGCCGAGUUGAAGAAGUUGGCGACGCCAACUGACGGGACAUGGAUCUCUACCUACGACGCCUUUACGGCUUUCAUUUGGCGCUCCAUCACUCGCGUACGAGCCCCUGUGUUCAACCCGGACCCCUCAUCAAAGACUGUCCUGAUCGAGGCCAUCGAUAUGCGAAGGCGGUUCAACAACCCCAAGGUGCCUCCGCGAAUUCGCGGUAACGUGAUGUUCGCGGCUCUAUCCACAACAGCCCCUGUCGAGCAGCCAACGGUAGCCGAGGUCAUCUCGGAAUGGCCUCUGUCCAAGGUUGCCCAGUACAUACGAGGCAUGACCAACAGCGUGACCCAGGAGGGCCUGGACAAGACGCUAGAGAUGGUGGCGACUGUCCGCGACAAGACGGCUCUCAGCACACGCAUCGACUCCCUGCCGCCCUUGUCGGUUCUCUUCACCGACCACCGAGAUGCGUUCAUGGCGACGACCGACUUUGGCUUCGCCACGCCGAUUACUUAUCGCCACCUCACGGAUCGUAUUACUGAGGGUGUUAUUAUUAUCUACCCCUCUCGUAACAAUGAUCCGGAGUCAGAAGAAGGCUGCGAGUUUUCCUUCUUCUACGAGAAGAGGUUGGCGCAGACACUUAUUGAAGACGAAGAGUUUGGCAAAUACUUUGAAUAUAGAGGCGUUGAUGCGGAGGAUGCCACCGCUGCAGCAGUCCUCAAUUAG